UAGUACAAAUAACUCCAACCGGGAGAACAAUUAUUUCACUUAACCAAAAGUUAUUAUUAAAGCUGAACAAUGGACCAUGACAGGCGGCGCAGGCCAUCGAACCACAUCACAAGCUUCUGGCUAAUGACUUUGAUCCUGGGCACUGUGCUCUGCCACUUUGGUUAUUUGCACAUUGAAAGAUGGGAACUUAAUACCAAGGAAGUGCUCGAAGGUGGACAGUUGUGGCGAUGUAUCACCGCCCUCUUUGUGUACCCCAUCAGCAGAGUAUACAAUACGCAACAAUUUCUGGUCUGCCUUGUCCUCAUGCAUCAUUACGGCGGCAAGCUGGAGCGAUAUUGCUACAGGCGCGGCCCAGCCGAAUAUUUGUACUUGGUGAUCAUCACAGCCAUACUGUCGAAUGUCGCCGGACUGCUGUUCAAGGACAAGUACCUAAUGGACAUAAUGCAGGUGUCCCUUACCUUUAGCUGGAAACUUGUGAGACAGAAAUCAAAUUUGAGGCAUUGGAUUUAUAUUCUACUCUCCCGAGAAUUUUUAAUUGCCUUUAUCAUUUCGAAAGUCUACCAUUUCCUCAAAUUUCAAUACCCUGUAGAGAUUGGAGGGAUGCAAUUGUUGAAAACACCUAAAAUUCUGAAACGCCUGCUCCCCGACAGGGCCAGACAGACAGGCUUUAGUGAAUUUGGCUUCCCACCGGGUAUUCAAUCACCGUUUCCCCAUCGCCGCUACCGUCGUCCCAUCAAUGAUUUGGUGUACUUAUUACUUGUCAUGUACAUUGUAGCUUCACUUGAGUUAUUAAAGUUGGCUUUGAAAGAGUACUUUGUGCGCGCCAAAUAUUGGAAUUUUUGUUCCACACGGUCAUACUACAUUAUCGCGAAAUUUGACAUUCUCUACAAAUAA